GAACUCCUGUCCUUCCACUAUUGUGGUCUUUUGGCUGCUCUUAAGCUUGGACUGAAGGGCUUUUCCUUUUGUUUUCUUCCUCUUUUUCACUCUCAAAGCUCAGACUCAGACAGCUUUAGUGAGAAGAAAAAGCAAAUCUAGGAGCUCUUCAAUUUUAGAGAAGGAGCUUUGUAGCAGUUACCUUCAAGAAAAGUUUACUCCCCAAAGGAGUAUUUAGUAUUACAUAGACACUGACUCACUGAACAGAAAAGGAGGGGUGGAGAGAAGCAGAAAGAGAAAGAAAGAGAAAGGGAGAGAGAGAGAAUGAGAAUAUGAGAAUCCCAGCCAGCAAGAAAGAAAGAUACUUAACUAAAGAUGAAGGGAAGUUUUGCCUCUUCCUGAAAGUUAUGUUAUUAGUUUUUAAAAAAAUCAGGAUGACUGCUAGUUUUGUUUAAAGUAUUUGUUCUGGAAAUACUAAAGUUGGAGUCUACCAGACUGAGGUUAGAAGCAUUUUCUUUGGCAGCAAGAAGAUACUUUUAUAGAAGCCAUGCCUGUACUUGGGGUUGCCUCAAAACUGAGGCAGCCAGCUAUUGGGUCAAAGCCUGUUCAUACUGCUCUUCCGAUACCAAAUCUUGGCACUACUGGGUCACAGCAUUAUUCUUCAAGACCUUUGGAACUUGCUGAAAUAGAGAGCUCAAUGCUUUCUUGUCAGCUCACAUUAAAAUCAACCUGUGAAUUUGGAGAGACGAAACCCCUCCAAGGAAAAGCCAAGGAGAAAGAAGACAGCAAGAUUUACACUGACUGGGCCAACCACUACCUAGCAAAAUCGGGCCACAAGCGGCUGAUCAAGGAUUUGCAACAAGACAUUGCAGAUGGAGUACUCCUAGCAGAAAUCAUCCAGAUCAUUGCAAAUGAAAAAGUUGAAGAUAUCAAUGGAUGUCCUAGAAGUCAGUCUCAGAUGAUCGAAAAUGUUGACGUCUGCCUUAGUUUUCUAGCAGCCAGAGGAGUAAAUGUUCAAGGUCUAUCCGCUGAAGAAAUAAGAAAUGGAAACUUAAAAGCCAUUCUAGGGCUGUUUUUCAGUUUGUCUCGCUACAAGCAGCAACAGCACCAUCAACAACAGUACUAUCAGUCCUUGGUGGAACUUCAGCAGCGAGUCACUCACACUCCUCCUCAGCCGGAAGCCAGUCAGGCCAAAACCCAACAAGAUAUGCAGUCCAGUCUGGCAGCCAGAUAUGCAACUCAGUCUAAUCACAGUGGAAUUGCAACCAGUCAAAAAAAGCCUACUAGGCUUCCAGGGCCCUCUAGGGUGCCAGCUGCAGGCAGCAGCAGCAAGGUCCAGGGAGCCUCUAAUUUAAAUAGGAGAAGUCAGAGCUUUAACAGCAUUGACAAAAACAAGCCUCCAAAUUAUGCAAAUGGAAAUGAAAAGGAUUCCUCCAAAGCACCUCAACCUUCUUCAGGUGUAACUGGUAACAUGCAGCCUCCCAGUACUGCUGGCCAGCCAACUGCCUCUGCCAUCCCUUCUCCAAGUGCCAGCAAGCCCUGGCGCAGCAAGUCCAUGAAUGUCAAACACAGCGCCACCUCCACCAUGCUAAGCAUAAAGCAGUCGAGCCCAGCCACCUCUCCCACACCAUCUUCAGAUAGACUAAAGCAACCCGUCUCAGAAGGGGUCAAAACUGCUCCCUCGGGACAGAAAUCCAUGCUUGAAAAGUUCAAGCUGGUCAACGCCCGGACUGCUUUACGCCCACCACAGUCUCCCAGUUCAGGACCCAGUGAUGGUGGGAAGGAUGAUGAUGCCUUUUCUGAGUCUGGUGAAAUGGAAGGUUUUAAUAGUGGUCUGAACAGUGGUGGCUCAACAAAUAGCAGUCCCAAAGUGUCACCUAAAUUGGCCCCUCCAAAAGCUGGAAGCAAAAAUCUCAACAAUAAAAAGUCUUUGCUACAGCCAAAGGAAAAAGAGGAAAAGAACAGGGACAAAAAUAAAGUUUGCACUGAAAGACCAGUCAAGGAAGAGAAGGAUCAGAUGACAGAGACUGCUCCAAAAAAGACCUCUAAAAUUGCAAGCUUGAUCCCAAAGGGUAGCAAGACGACGGCAGCCAAGAAGGAAAGUUUAAUUCCAUCUUCCAGUGGGAUUCCAAAACCAGGCUCAAAAGUGCCAACAGCAAAGCAAACCAUUUCACCUGGCAGCACAGCAAGCAAAGAAUCUGAAAAAUUCAGGACUACCAAAGGAAGCCCUUCCCAGUCCUUACCUAAGCCCGUAACCACUGAGAAAGCAAGUGCGGCUAACUGCCCUGCUCCUUUGGAAGGAAGGGAAGCUGGCCAACCUUCUUCUGGUUCCUGUACUGUGCCAGUGGCACAGAGCAGUGGGCAGAGCACAGGAAAUGGUGCUGUUCAACUCCCUCAACAGCAGCAACACAGCCACCCGAAUACUGCCACGGUGGCACCAUUCAUUUACAGAGCACAUUCAGAAAAUGAAGGUACCUCUUUACCAGCUGCUGACUCCUGUACCAGUCCUACAAAGAUGGAUUUAUCAUAUAGUAAAACUGCUAAGCAGUGCCUGGAGGAGAUAUCUGGUGAAGACCCUGAAACAAGAAGAAUGCGAACAGUCAAAAACAUAGCAGAUUUGAGGCAGAAUUUAGAAGAGACUAUGUCCAGUCUUCGUGGGACACAGAUAAGCCACAGCACCCUGGAAACAACAUUUGACAGCACUGUGACGACGGAAGUGAAUGGAAGGACCAUACCGAACUUGACAAGUCGGCCCACUCCCAUGACCUGGAGGUUGGGCCAGGCGUGUCCUCGACUUCAGGCAGGAGAUGCUCCCUCCCUGGGUGCUGGCUACUCUCGCAGCGGUACCAGUCGGUUUAUCCAUACAGACCCCUCAAGGUUCAUGUACACGACGCCUCUCCGUCGAGCUGCUGUCUCUCGUCUGGGAAACAUGUCACAAAUUGACAUGAAUGAGAAAGCAAGCAGCGACCUGGACAUGUCUUCUGAAGUCGAUGUUGGUGGAUAUAUGAGUGAUGGUGAUAUCCUUGGGAAAAGUCUCAGGGCUGAUGACAUCAACAGUGGGUACAUGACAGAUGGAGGGCUCAACCUGUAUACCAGAAGUCUGAACCGAAUGCCAGACACAGCUACUUCCAGGGAUGUCAUCCAGAGAGGGGUCCAUGAUGUGACAGUGGAUGCAGACAGCUGGGAUGACAGCAGUUCAGUGAGCAGUGGUCUCAGUGACACCCUGGAUAACAUCAGCACUGAUGACCUGAACACCACAUCCUCAGUCAGCUCUUACUCCAACAUCACUGUCCCUUCCAGGAAGAACACUCAGCUGAAGACAGAUUCAGAGAAACGUUCCACAACAGAUGAGACCUGGGAUAAUACUGAGGAGCUGAAAAAAACAGAAGAGGACUUUGACAGCCAUGGGGAUGCUGGUGGCAAGUGGAAGAAUGUUUCCUCCGGACUUCCUGAAGACCCUGAGAAGGCCGGGCAGAAAGCUUCCCUGUCCAUUUCGCAGACAGGGUCCUGGAGAAGAGGCAUGUCUGCCCAAGGAGGAGCUCCAUCUAGGCAGAAAGCUGGAACAAGUACACUCAAGACUCCUGGGAAAACUGAUGAUGCCAAAGCUUCUGAGAAAGGGAAAACUCCCCUGAAAGGAUCGUCUCUGCAGAGAUCUCCUUCAGAUGCAGGAAAAAGCAGUGGCGAUGAGGGGAAAAAGCCCCCCUCAGGCAUUGGAAGAUCGACUGCUACCAGCUCUUUUGGAUUUAAGAAACCAAGUGGAGUAGGGUCGUCUACUAUGAUCACUAGCAGUGGGGCGACCAUCACAAGUGGUUCAGCAACACUGGGCAAAAUCCCCAAAUCUGCUGCCAUCGGCGGGAAGUCAAACGCAGGGAGAAAAACCAGUCUCGACGGUUCGCAGAAUCAGGAUGAUGUUGUGCUGCACGUUAGCUCGAAGACCACCCUGCAGUACCGCAGCUUGCCCCGCCCUUCAAAAUCCAGCACCAGCGGCAUUCCCGGCCGCGGCGGCCACAGAUCCAGCACCAGCAGUAUCGAUUCCAAUGUCAGCAGCAAGUCAGCUGGUGCCACCACCUCGAAACUGAGAGAACCCACUAAGAUUGGGUCUGGUCGCUCAAGUCCUGUCACCGUCAACCAAACAGACAAGGAGAAGGAAAAGGUAGCAGUCUCAGAUUCAGAGAGUGUUUCUUUGUCAGGUUCCCCCAAAUCCAGCCCCACCUCUGCCAGCGCCUGUGGUGCACAAGGGCUCAGACAGCCAGGAUCCAAGUAUCCAGAUAUUGCGUCACCUACAUUCCGAAGGUUGUUUGGUGCCAAGGCAGGUGGCAAAUCUGCCUCUGCACCUAAUACUGAGGGUGUGAAAUCCUCCUCAGUAAUGCCCAGCCCUAGUACCACAUUAGCGCGACAAGGCAGUCUGGAGUCACCGUCGUCCGGUACGGGCAGCAUGGGCAGUGCUGGUGGGCUAAGUGGCAGCAGCAGCCCUCUCUUCAAUAAACCCUCAGACUUAACUACAGAUGUUAUAAGCUUAAGUCACUCGUUGGCUUCCAGCCCAGCAUCGGUUCACUCUUUCACGUCAGGUGGUCUCGUGUGGGCUGCCAAUCUGAGCAGUUCCUCUGCAGGCAGCAAGGACACUCCGAGCUACCAGUCCAUGACUAGCCUCCAUACAAGCUCUGAGUCCAUUGACCUGCCCCUCAGCCACCAUGGCUCCCUGUCGGGACUGACCACAGGCACUCACGAGGUUCAGAGCCUGCUCAUGAGAACGGGUAGUGUGAGAUCUACUCUCUCAGAAAGCAUGCAGCUUGACAGAAAUACACUACCCAAAAAGGGACUAAGAUAUACCCCAUCAUCCCGGCAGGCCAACCAAGAAGAAGGCAAAGAGUGGUUGCGUUCUCAUUCUACUGGAGGCCUACAGGAUACUGGCAACCAGUCACCUCUGGUCUCCCCAUCUGCAAUGUCAUCUUCUGCAACAGGAAAAUACCACUUUUCCAAUUUGGUGAGUCCAACAAAUCUGUCUCAAUUUAACCUUCCUGGGCCCAGCAUGAUGCGCUCAAACAGCAUCCCAGCCCAAGACUCUUCCUUCGAUCUCUACGAUGAUGCUCAGCUUUGUGGGAGUGCCACUUCUCUGGAGGAAAGGCCACGUGCCAUCAGUCAUUCAGGCUCAUUCAGAGACAGCAUGGAAGAAGUUCACGGCUCUUCGUUGUCAUUGGUCUCCAGCACUUCUUCUCUUUAUUCCACGGCUGAAGAAAAGGCUCAUUCAGAGCAAAUCCAUAAACUACGGAGAGAACUGGUUGCAUCACAGGAAAAAGUUGCUACCCUAACAUCUCAACUUUCAGCAAAUGCUCACCUUGUAGCAGCUUUUGAAAAGAGUUUAGGGAAUAUGACUGGCCGAUUGCAAAGUCUAACCAUGACAGCAGAACAAAAGGAGUCUGAACUUAUAGAACUAAGGGAAACCAUUGAAAUGCUGAAAGCCCAAAACUCUGCUGCACAGGCCGCUAUUCAGGGAGCACUGAAUGGUCCAGACCACCCUCCCAAAGGUUUUGAGGUGAACUCUAGAGGAAGUGAGCUGAGAAGCUCUUUCAAACAAGCCUUUGGGAAGAAAAAGUCCGCCAAGCCUCCUUCCUCACAUUCUGACAUUGAAGAGCUUACUGAUUCGUCCCUUCCAGCAUCCCCCAAGUUGCCUCAUAGUGCUGGGGACUGUUCAGCCUCCAUGAAGCCCUCGCAGUCUGCCUCAGCGUCACCCCUUGUCUGGCCACCAAAGAAACGGCAAAAUGGCCCUGUGAUCUACAAGCAUAGAUCCCGGAUCUGUGAAUGCACAGAGGCUGAGGCAGAGAUAAUUCUGCAGCUGAAGAGCGAGCUCAGAGAAAAGGAAUUAAAAUUAACAGACAUUCGGCUGGAGGCCCUCAGCUCUGCUCAUCAUCUUGAUCAGAUCCGGGAAGCCAUGAACCGGAUGCAGAAUGAAAUUGAAAUACUGAAGGCUGAAAAUGACCGGUUAAAGGCAGAAACUGGUAACACAGCUAAGCCUGCUCGGCCACCGUCGGAAUCCUCAAGCACCACCUCCUCCUCAUCCUCACGGCAGUCGUUAGGACUUUCUCUAAACAAUCUGAACAUCACAGAGGCUGUUACCUCAGAUAUUUUGCUAGAUGAUGCCGGUGAUGCAACUGGACAUAAAGAUGGCCGCAGUGUGAAAAUUAUAGUCUCCAUAAGCAAGGGCUAUGGUCGAGCAAAGGAUCAGAAGUCCCAGACGUAUUUGAUAGGGUCCAUUGGUGUUAGUGGAAAAACCAAGUGGGAUGUCUUAGAUAGUGUAAUUAGACGUCUCUUUAAGGAAUAUGUGUUCCGAAUUGAUACUUCCACUAGCCUUGGUCUGAGCUCUGACUGCAUUGCUAGCUACUGUAUAGGAGAUUUAAUUAGAUCCCAUAACCUAGAAGUGCCUGAACUGCUGCCUUGUGGAUACCUUGUUGGAGAUAAUAACAUCAUCACUGUGAACUUGAAAGGGGUAGAAGAAAACAGUUUGGACAGUUUUGUUUUUGAUACGCUGAUUCCUAAACCAAUUACCCAAAGGUACUUUAACCUGUUGAUGGAGCAUCACAGAAUUAUACUCUCAGGACCAAGUGGUACUGGAAAGACCUAUUUAGCAAACAAACUUGCUGAAUAUGUAAUAACCAAAUCUGGGAGGAAAACAACAGAGGAUGCAAUUGCCACUUUUAAUGUGGACCACAAGUCAAGAUACCUAAAUUUUCUAUUUAUAUUUCCUAGUCCAUAUAUUAUUGGCACAAUGAAUCAGGGAGUUUCUUCAUCACCAAAUCUAGAGCUGCAUCACAAUUUCAGAAAGGAGAAGCCAGAAGAUUGGAUCUUCAGUCCCCGACUUUUCCUUCCUUGCCCCAUGGAUGUAGAGGGUUCUAGAGUGUGGUUCAUGGAUCUCUGGAACUAUUCUUUGGUACCUUAUAUUCUGGAGGCAGUAAGAGAAGGUCUUCAGAUGUAUGGAAAACGCACACCAUGGGAAGAUCCCUCAAAGUGGGUGCUUGACACAUACCCAUGGAACUCAUCAUCUCUGCCUCAGGAGAGCCCAGCAUUACUGCAGUUGCGACCCGAAGAUGUUGGGUAUGAGGGUUGCACAUCCACCAAGGAAGCCACAACCUCAAAGCACAUUCCACAAACUGACACAGAAGGGGAUCCCCUGAUGAAUAUGCUGAUGAAACUCCAAGAAGCAGCCAAUUACUCGGGCACACAAAGCUGCGACAGUGAAAGCACCAGCCACCGUGAGGACAUUUUGGAUUCGUCUCUUGAAUCUACCCUCUAA